UUAUCACAACCUCCACCUUCUGACUUUCAUUUUUUCCAUGGCUUAUUUAUGCUAUCAUUAUGAACUUAACAGUUAACAAUUUGAGCAGUACAUCUAGUUUGAAAGCAUUAAGUGAGAAGCCUUUGAUUGUGCAGGUAGUGGUGGGGAUUCUCAUGUAUGUGAACGGACUGAUGAUUUUCACCUUUCUGAAGAAAGAAACCUUCAGGGACACGCGCUACAUUCUGUUUGCUCAGACUCUUUUUGUAGACUCUGCUCUUAUGCUGUUGUCUGAUUUAACACUUUUGGGGAUAUUUUACAAGUACCCCAUGCAAAUGAUUCCUUGCUGUAUGAUCUGCUCACUUAUGAAUUCGCUUGCUGUUUGUUCACCCAUAACUCUUGUAGCAAUGUGUUUGGAGCGCUAUGUGGCGAUAUGUUUGCCUUUAAGACAUGCCAGCAUCUCCACCCCCAAAAACACUUUCAUUGGGCUUCUCAUCAUAUGGAAUGUCAGUUUUGCUCUCCCACUGUUUAUUCUUAUAGUCUAUUUUGCUUAUCUUCCUCCAGGUGUCAUGUUCUCAUAUGUUGUAUGUAGUGGGGAGAUCAUGUUACAGGUCAAAUGGCUGGCGGACACGAGGGCGGCAAUGCUACAGCUCUUAUUCAUCAUGAUGUUGUGUUUUAUUGUCUCCACCUACAUCAAGAUUAUGAUUGCGGCCAGGUCAGCCUCCUCUGAGAACAAGAAGUCAUCAAAUAAGGGUCUAAAAACUGUUCUUCUCCAUGGCAUUCAGCUGCUUCUGUGUAUGGCGCAGCUUAUAAUCCCUUAUAUAGAAAUGCCUUUUUGGAAAUUAGAUGUCAUGCUGUUUAUGAAUGUAAGGUACUCAAAUUUCAUUUUGUUUGUGAUCUUGCCUCGUUGUCUGAGUCCCUUAGUUUAUGGAUUACGAGACAAAAAGUUUUAUAAUGCUCUUAGAUAUUAUGCCUUUUGUGGCAUUUGUAAUCAGCAAAAAAUACGAGAUGGUAAAACCUUGAAAGAUGUACUAAGCAUUUCCAUACACAAUUAAACUUCACACAGUAUAGUGCAUUGUUUUAUUAAAAUAAACAGCACCAAUGUUUAGCAUUCAUUUAAAAAAUACACUUGAUAUUUAUUAAAUAUAAUUCUUUUCAAACAUAAUAAAUAUAAUUAUAUAGGCUAAUGUAAUGUUUAAAUAUUUAACUUUGUAAUAUUUAUAAAUCUAACUCUACAUAAACCUGUCAAAUAUAGCAUUAUAUUUAUAGCGGCCAAAACUGAUGUACAAGCCUUGGAAGAUUGACAUCUUCACCCUUUAUUCAAAUUUUAUUAUUAAAAAUGUGUUAAUUUUGUAAGCAUAUUGCGUAGUUGUGCUUGGGGUCAAUUGUUUUAUUUGUGAUAAUGCAAUGAAACAUGCCAAAUUCUGCAAACAUAAUUUGUGUGUGUACCAUUUUUUAAGUUAUUUUAUUUAUUAACUCUGUACCAAAGAAUAUUUUGUAUCCAGUAUCUGUUCAGAAUGAAAAAAACAACAACAUUUUAACAGACCUGCUAUUAUUAUGAAAAAGAUAUAGGCCUACAAUAUAAGAUAUAAGUCUAGGUUGUGUUUUUGGUGUUCUAUCACAAGCCUUUCCUAAUUCCAGUUCCUAUUAAAUGUGUUGUUGAAUAUGCACAUUAAUGUGUUACUGUCAAUAAUAUAUCUGAAAGAGGAAAAUAAAAGAAACCAAAAUGGCUCUAAAGUGACCCUAUAGUUGGAUGUGGAACCAGUGACCAAGUAGUAGAUUAGAACAGUGGUCUGACUCACCAGCAUCAGUAGGUUAGUCUUAUCUGAUCCUGCAGUAUCUCUUACUCACCACAAGAGGUCACUGUCCACCGUAUAUCUAACUAUUCUAAACGUUUCCGACCAGUGUUGCCAACUUAGCGACUUUGUCGCUAUAUUUAGCGACUUUUCAGACCCCUUUAGCGACUAUUUUUCAAAAAAGCGCCUAGCGACAAAUCUAGCGACUUUUUGGACAAACCUCAGUAACUUUUCAAAUGUCACCAGCACUGUCCUGUGAGCGCGAGGUCUUGCUUUCCCGCUGCCGUCACACCUCUCUCGGCGUUUACUCUGUUCAGUGAGUGGCUGAGAGGAGCAGCAGCACAUUCAGUGCACGGCAUCUGACAGACGUGAAUGAGUGAGCUACACACGAGCACUUGCCACGGAAGGGACUAAAGACUAUUUCUGAUUCUCCUUUGUUUUAUAUUUAAAUAAUUUAGUUUGAAGGUUUUGAUUUCCAUUUUUCUUGUGUGCUUAUC